AUGAAUUUUAUUCUUUCUAUUUUUUUAAUAUUUUUACUGAUAAGAUUAUCUUAUUUAUACAAACAAGAUGUUUCAGUAUCAGGGCAAUUACUUUGUAAUCGCAAAAGAGCUGUAGGUAUUCAAAUUUAUCUUAAAGAAAAAGAUACAUUUGAUCCUGAUGAUACUCUUGAUGCAACAAUAUCAGAUUUUGAAGGUAAAUUUAAACUUGAUGGAGUAGAAGAUGAAUUCAAAUCAAUAAAACCUUAUAUUGAAAUAAUCCAUAAAUGUGAGGUAUCAAAUAUAAGAUGUAACAGAUCUACAAUAUAUAGUAUAGAUCAAAAAGAAAUUGGUAGAAACUAUGACUUUCAAUAUAUAAAUUUGAAUAUAAAAGGUCAUUCUGAUUUUGAAACAUGUUAA